AUGUAAUUUAAUCUAUCUGAAAAAAUAAUAAAGAAAAUUGAUAUCUUUGGACAACCGGUUGCAUUAAACAUAGAUAACAAAAGUAUAUAUAAAACAGAAUGUGGAGGGGCAAUAACUAUUUUAACACUUUUUGGAUUUUUAAUAUUUUAUUUUAAUCAGUACAUAUUAAAUACAAAAAUAAAUUUUUAUAUUUAUAUAUUUUUUUUCAAUGAUUUAUAUUUUUUAAAGUUCUAGUCUUUUUUAAAUAAAAAUUAAAUAUUUGUAAUUUAAUAAUAUAAUUUAAAUUAUACUCAUGAUUCUAUAGUUUUUGAUAAUGAAAAUUAUAUGUUUGCUUUAUAAAUAAAAUAACAAGAUUUUAUUAAAAGUCCUUUUUAUUCAAUAAAAGUUUAGUAUAAAGAAAAAAAUGAAGAAAAAGAAAAUAAUUAAAUAAUAAAUUUAGAGCCAUGUACAACAGAACAUUUUUAGAAUUUAAAAAAAGGCUAAAUUUCAAAAGAAGAAUAUAACAAAUAUAAUUUAAACGAUUAUUUAUGUCUUCCCAAAAAAUUCACAUUUUAAAUAAAAGGAACUUAUUAUGGAAAUAAUUUAAAUUUCCUAAAAAUAUAAAGAAUAGAUUGUAAAAAUUAUUAAUUUAAAAUUUGUUAAAAUUAAGAAUGCUUAGAUUAGUUUUUAAUAUAAAAUUAAGGAAAUGUUAUCUUAAAUAUUUUAUAAACUAAUUCAAAAUAAAUGCAUAAUAAAAAGAUUAUGUUUAAUAAUUUAUAACUAAUGAAAUUUUUUUAUCUUUUAAAACCUUAUUUAAAACUAGCUUUUAUUUUACUAAACAUAUAAUUGUAACUAAUGAGGAAAUUUUUAUUGCAGAAAAUAUAAAACAAGAUAUUUAUUAAAUUUUUAAAUAAGAAGAUAUGUAAUCCUAAUAUAUUUAAAAAUAUAAGGUGA